UUCCAAUACUCUGCCUUGGCUUGGGCCACGUCUGCUUCGACGGCGGAUUACUUGCCCACUGCUUACGAGUCAACGCUUCCGGAGGGUUCCAGUACGCUGAUCACAACGUAUAGGUGCUAUAACAUCGUUCCACCCCCAUGUGAAAACUUCGAUCAAUGUCUUCUCGUCGCCUUCUAGUCCGUUCCCUCUCAGACAGUCUUCGCAGCAUCACUAGAGCCCCAGUCAUCAGAGAAGCAAGAAGAUUUACUUCUACCAAACCACCUCGCAGUAUGGCUCUCCUUCCAAGGUUCGCGGCUUUCGCCCCCUCACGAACCGAGUUCGGCCCCUUCUUCAACCUUUUCAACGACACCUUCAGUGAAUUGCAGAAGAUUUCUGACACCAUCCCGCGCACCUGGGCACCACGCUUCGAUAUGAAGGAGACUCAGGACAGCUUCGUCCUGGACGGCGAACUUCCGGGCAUCGACCAGAAGGACAUCACUAUCGAAUUUGUCGAUGAUCAAAUGUUGUCGAUCAAGGGCCGUACCGAGACGGUCAAGGAGGAAGGCAAAGAGCCGGAAGAGGCCGAGGCCGGAAAAGAAGUUGCAGAAGGCAAGAAGGCUGACCAGGAAGGACCAACUUACUGGUAUUCUGAACGUAGCAGUGGCGAGUUCGCUCGUACCUUUGGUUUCCCCACGCCAAUCGACCAGGACAAGGUCAAGGCCAGCUUGAAGGAUGGUGUGCUCCAUGUCGUGGUGCCAAAGUCCGAGAAAGCCAACAAGACCAAGACCAUCACGAUCGAAUGAACGAUGGCUGACUGGCGAACCGGUCAGCUUCAAAGCUGUAUCAAAGGACAAAUAGGAGAAGCAAAUUAGUCCCCAAUAAUAUUCACUCUCUGCAAAUGAAA